GAUCAUUCGCGCUUUCGGAACAGCUACGCGAACGGCGUGACGCGAGCGUGGGAGGACUCCGUGAGUCUUGAUUUCGUUUGUGAUUUUUGUCUGUGGCAGUGCCGACGCCGAUCAAAGCGAUGCUCGUCGCCCUGCUGCUUAUCUUGGGAGCAGUGGUACUCUGGUACGGAUUCGCAGCUUCCUUCCUGCACCUUGUGGUACACUCCUGGCUACCGGGACCCGGUGGUGCCUCGUUCUGGCUCAAGUGGGCGCUGCUCAGGCUCCCGGUGGCCCGGUGCCGCCGGCGAGGCCGCUUCCAGUUCUACUCGUACGAGGACUACGACCCGUACAGCUACGGCGUGCUGCCGCCUCCCCAGGAGUCCGCGCUCGAUGGCGUUCAGGAGCACCCUGAAGAUUCGACGCGAUGUUCCCGGUCGGACGACCUCCUGCUGUGGGGCAGCAACGAGAAGGGAGACGUGAUGGUGGCCCGAAUACGACGCCGCGGGCGCAGCCGCACCGCCGAGCCCUGGCUGUACCUGCGCACGGCCGAAGGACAGAGCUACGUCCUCGACAGCGGCGUCGGCAUCCCUGACCUGUCCGCCGGGACCAUGUACGCUGCGGGGGGCUUGCGUCUCGAGCAGCUCGUGCCCAUGCGCAGGUGGAGGGUGGCCUACAACGGCCUGCUCAGGUGCACAACUCAAGGCGGCUUGUUGGUACACGUACAGUUGGGAGUAAUUUGCAACACGACGUCGAACCUCUUGGAGCACAGCGCCGACUUCGACGCCAACUUCGUGGCCCGCCAACUGGCUCGACAAAGCUGGGCCGAGGUCGGUGUUCCGAACGUCAACAGGCUGCUGGACGAAGUGGACUGCUACAUGCAGACCGUGUACUGCACGGGCUCCCUCCAAGUCGAGGGCCUCCAGCAGCGAGAGCUCUUCCUCUGGGGACUACGGAUCAAAAGACAAGAAAAUCUCCGGUUCCCUGUGGAGACACUCGGCGAAAUGAUGGGUCACACCAAGAGCGGCCUCUUGUUGUACUUGCGGGAGGUCAGGAUCCAUGGAGUCACGGAAAGUUAUCAGCUCGGCAUGGUGGGGCUGCCCUCUACUGAAGUGUACUGUCUGCAUGACGUCACGCCCAAGAUUAUGCGUACUGGAACGACCUUUAACGAGGACUUUAGGCUGAGUUUCGGACCCCUUUCGGACAAGUUUCGGUUCAGGGUUCAGGUGGACAGCGAGCUCCUGGACACACAACGCUUGCCCUCGGAGCGAUUCGGGGAGCACGGCGAAGUGAAGCUGGAGCUCCGCCCGUUCCUCAUGAACGACCACGGAGGCUGCCUCGUGUACCUCUCGUCGCCCUGCCCCAGCGAACGCUACGCCAACCCCGUCCCGCCGACCAUUGUUUUGAGGCCACAAAAAGCUUCCUGCCGUGAUCCGGUGGUGAGCCUCGAGGCGGAGGCCUGUCUGGACCCGGGGCUCACGGGUGGAAAAGGAGCCUCUUUGGCUGCCCUCACGAAACUAAGCCGGAGCAAACCUCAGGUGAUCGUUCCCAGGGGAUUUGUGGUGACGACCGUUUCCUACCAAGACUUUGUUGCCGUCGACGCCGUUCAGUCAGCCAUCCGAGAGCUGGAAGAAACCACUUGCUUUACAACGAGCGCAGCAAUAGAGGCUUGCAAGAAAGUCGUGAACGCCCUCGAGUCCACGUCGUUGCCGGAAUCCACUCGGCGUUCUAUUCAAUCCGGCUUGACAGACUUCUUCGGGUCCAAGGCUGAAGAGGUGCUGCUGGCAGUCAGAUCUUCGGCCGUGGGUGAAGACUCCGAGGACAUGUCAGCUGCCGGCCAGAUGGAAACCUUCUUGGCUAUUCGUGGAGCCGAUGAGGUUCUCAAGGCAGUUCAGAAAUGCUGGGCUUCCCAGUUUUCCCACAUUGCGUGCGGCUACAAGAGGCGCUACGGCCAGCCCUUGAACAGCCCGAUGGCGGUGGUGGUACAGGAAAUGGUGCCCUCCCAGGUGGCGGGGGUGAUGUUCACCUGCGAUACCCGGACAGGCAAUCCGCGCAACAUCAUCAUCACAGCCAACUACGGCAUCGGCGACUCGGUGGUUUCGGGCACCACCGAUCCGGACACGGUGAUCCUGGAAAGACUUCCGGGCGGGGCGUUCCGAGUCGACACCAUCCAGAUUGGGACCAAACUACAGCGGACAGCCUUGUCCGAGGAGGGCGGAACUAAACUUGAAUCCUCCAAGGAACACGGAGCCGAAUGUUGCCUGUCAGAAGAGCAGAUGAUGCGGCUGGCCGCUUUGGGAGUAGAGCUGGAAACGGCCUUCUGCGGUCCGAGAGACGUGGAAUGGGCCUUCGCAGACGGAAGACUCUACGUGCUGCAGUCCCGACCGGUGACGUCGUUGCACCAGCAGACGGAUUGCGAGGUUAUUCACGAACUGGACUCGGGAAUUAGAAGCUCGGACGAGUGCCUCUUCAAGGCCAAUAUCGGCGAGGUCAUGAACGGAGCUCAGAGUCCCCUGGGUGCGGCGUUCUUUACGAGCAGCAUGCUGCUCGCUAGCAAGAAAGAAAAGAACACGCUCGGACUCAGUCUACGGAACCCUUACCACGACCGGUUCUUCAUCCAGACCUUGGGAAAUGUCUUCUUUCCAGCGUCAAAUGAGGCCUUCAAAAUGAGCGGCAGCAACCCGCUGCGCAAGGGCUUGGCGUUCGCGAUGCGUGGCGGCAGCCUCGACGAUCCGGACGUGGACCGCCUCAUGCAGGAACGGCGACGACUCCGCUACCAGGCUCCAGGAACCUUCCAGAUUACUCGGAUGAUCAGGGACCUGUGGAAGAGCGAAGAGAUGGUGCGUGAAGCCUACGAAAAGUUUUACAGCUGGAAGCUGCCCGUGGCGGACAUGGCCGACACGCGGCAGAUCUUUGACGAGAUAACCAAAGCCUUCAUGAACCUGUCUCUGACUGCCAAGGUACACGGCGCAUGCAACAUGUACUCAAUCAUGUCGAACAGUGUGGCCGUCACUUUGCUGGCACAUCAGCACGGAGACUGGUCGGACGUUGUCAUCUCGGACUUCGGCAACUUGGUUUCCACCUGCGAAGAUGUCGUCAGCGCAGAAGUGCCCAGUGCUCUGCAGAAAAUGGCGGUCGAAAUAUCGAAAAGCCCCGAGCAAGCCAAGUUCAAGGAAAUGAACGCUGAAGAUGCCCUGGAAUGGUUGCGAAAUGACACCACCGUCAUCGGGAGCCUCUUCCGAGAAUUCUUGGGACGCCAUGGACACAGAUGCAUCAACGAGUUCGACGUCUACUCCAAGACAUGGAGCAUGGACCCAAGUCCCGUGGUCAAGAAUCUCCAGGCUAUGGUUGGUGCUGUGGGAGACUACAAGAAGAAGGACCUGUCUGUUGACGACGCCAUCGAUGGUCUGCACGUCAAGUUCGGACCAGUAAAACGGCAGCUUAUGCGGUGGUUGCUGCAAAAGUGCAGGAAAGGGGUCGGUCUGAGAGAACAUUCCAAGAACCUGAUGGUGAAGAUGACCGACGCGUUCCGGACAGCACUGCGGCACCUGGCGUCCCAGAUGGUGGCCGAGGGUCGACUGCCCGAGGCCGACGUACUCUUCUUCCUCACGCUGCCCGAGAUCGAACAGCUGCUCGCCACACGGUCGCCCAAGCUGGUGGCGAAGGCAGUGCGACGUCAUCGGCUGCACCCGGAACUCAAGAAGAGAGUGUUCCCUGAGCUCUUCAAGGGCAUCCCGCAGUUUCUGAACCAGCACGCGAAGGAGGAAGUCACUCCCGGUAAAAAAUUAUUGAAAGGAACACCGGUGAGUGGAGGCGUGGCUGAGGGACCAGCGCGUGUAGUGCGCUCCAUCGAAGACGCUUCUCACAUCCAGAAGGGAGACGUCCUGGUGGCGUACUGCACCGACAUCGCGUGGAGCCCCUACUUCCCGCUCGUCGCCGGCGUGGUCACUGAGCUGGGGGGCCUCAUUUCUCACGGCGCCGUGGUGGCCCGGGAGUACGGCAUCCCCUGCGUGGUCGGAGUUCACGGCGUUACCGGCACAAUCUGUUCGGGCGAGAGAGUGCGGCUGGACGGGUCUACGGGCGUUCUUCACACCGUUGAUGCUGCUGAAUGAGAUUCGCCCUGCAGACCUGGGAACCGGUCUCCUCCUCUUGGACUUCACGGCAUCGCCCCAUCGACAAUCCAACCUUUUUCUUUUUUUCCUUUUUUUCUUUUUUUAAUAAAGCUGCAGUGCUGCGCUUAUGUCGCCACAA